AUGGUAUUAUCCCAAAAUGUGACCUGGGAGACAACACCGUUCAACCCUCCAUUCUUCCCACUAUCUGUUAAAUCUCCAUAUACCUCCGCCUGGACUGCGGGAGGUAGCAGUGAGCCAGGCAAACGAUGGCCUUAUUUCGGGACUGGCGGAACUCUGGGGUGGGCGUGUUAUGUUAAAGUUGAUAAUGCAACCUACAACGUGUUGGGUACAAUUGUGGCAUCAAAUACUACUGUUCAAACGCGAACGGAGUUUACAGCUACACGAACGAUCAUCAGUUCGCGUGCUGGGCCAGUCGAUAUUGUUGUCACAUUUUUGAGUGCAAUUGACGUCAACGAUUUGGUUCGUCUGUCGCUUCCUUUCUCGUACUUCUCCGUUUCAGUCGCUGCAAACGAUGGAGCAAGCCAUGCCAUCUCAGUAUACACAGACAUCAGCGGAGAAUUCGUCACUGGGGAUACUACCCAAACGGUAGAAUGGUCUACAACAACCGGAAACAUCGUUCUUCACAAGAUGUAUCUCCAGCAACCCAUAGUCUACAAUGAGAGACAACAGCGUGCGCAAUGGGGGGCAAUGUACCUUGCUGCCAAUCAAACACAAGGCACCUCUUGGCAAACCGGCUCGGCUGACGCACUCCGGGGUCUUUUUAUUAAGUCCGGUGUGCUAGCUAAUACACAAGACAGUAAUUUCCGCCAAGUUGGUAAGGACUGGCCUGUCCUGGCUAUUGCGCAAGAUUUAGGUGCAGUCGCUACCCAAGCUCAAGUGGCGACAUUUGUUCUCGGACAUUCAAGGAAUCCUGCGGUGCAGUAUUAUACAAACAGCGGAACGCAAGAGCGAAGCCUCUAUUUCUUGUCCAAGUUUAGCUCUGAGGAGGACGCUAUUCGCUAUUCAGUUUCUGACUAUGACAAUGCCCGUACUGCAUCUGUCGAGUUCGACAACAGGGUCCAGACCGAUGCAGCCAGAUACUCUCCCGACUACGCCUCUGUUGUCGCAUUCGCCACCCGACAGGCUUUUGCCAGCAUCGAGAUCACCCUCAGCGGCACUGGCACUGCUGCUGACCUACAGGACAUCAAGCUGUUCACAAAGGAUGCCGCAGUAGACAACACAGGUGCCAGUAGGGAAGGGGUGUUCUCGUCUGUAGACUCGCUGUACUCGAUCAUGCCAAUGCUGAUCUACACGAACCCGAACCUGGGCAACUAUGCGCUUGCCUCGUUCUUCGAGUACCCAGAGACUCGCGCACAGUCCUAUGCACCCCACGACCUCGGUUUACGUUACUCGCGAGUGGUGGCACAUGAAAGGCAAUAUCGGAACCCGGUAGAUGCAACGGCAAACAUGAUCAUCAUGACGUACGCCUUCAUGAGGUACACUGGCGACGCAAAGCUCGCAGCAAAGCAUUACUACACACUCAAGGCAUGGGCUGACUAUCUGGUGAAGAACGCGUUGGUACACUCAGAUCAGCUGACCGGGGACUGGUUCAUGACGACGGGUGUUUCGAACCAGACGAACCUUGCGCUCAAGGGACUGAUUGCGCUAAAGAGCAUGGUGGAGAUACAGGAGGCAGUGGGAAUGAAGAACGAGUCAUCGACGUAUGAGGAUGCGGCGAAGUCUGGGCUGGAGCAAUGGAUGGAGCUGAGCAAUUCAGGGACAAAGUUCAGAUAUGAGUCAAACAGCGAGCAACCGCAACUGCUGCACGGGCUGUAUGCGGACAAGAUACUUGGGCUGAACUUUGUACCUGAGAGUGUUUAUGCUAUACAACGGACACAGUGGACCUCUGGGAUGAAGAAAUUUGGGGUACCUCUGGGUGACCAGGGCACUACCACUAGUCUCGCAUGGGAGUACUUUACUCUUGCGGCGUUGAGCACCAGUGAUACCAAUUUCCUCAGCAAUUCCUCACUGACUCCACUCAAAAGCUUGGCUGCGAUGAUGCAAGGUGAUAGCGAAGUCAUUGCUCCAGCUGAUGUGUAUGAUGUUAUUACCGGACAGGCUAUUCAAGGGUAUAGCCUACGGGGAAAUAUUGGAGGUUCUUAUGCGCUCCUGGCUCUCAAUGUUCCCACCAAGUCGAUCACUCAGGUUCCAGCUUCUCCAUCACCAACAAUGGCUCCUCCUUCUGGUAAUUCCUCGAAUUCAGGCUUUGCUAUUAGAGGGGGCGAAAUAUCUCCAGAUUACAUGGGUGUCAUAUCAGCAAGCACGUUGCAAGCGUUCGCCAGUAUGGAGCUCACAAUUCCGGACGGUACCAAAAGUAUACAGGACUCGGACAUCAAGCUUUUUAUUAAAGACAUGGCCACCGAGGAAGACGGCACAAGCAUGCCUGGAGUCUUCUCAUCCGUUAAUUCGUUAUACUCGAUUAUGCCGAUGCUCAUAUAUACGAACCCCAUGCUCGGUAACUACGGCCUGAGAACAAUUUUGGACUAUUCAAGGUUCUUUAACCAACCCUUUGCUGCCCACAAUGUCGGCUUGCGUUACGGGGAAGCAGUGGUACAUCCUAAUCAACAUAGCAGUCGAACUGAUUCGACUACGAGUAUGAUUAUUAUGACCUACGCAUUUAUGAGGUAUACUGGCGUGGCGGAGCUGGCAGCUGUUCACUAUAACACGUUGAAGACUUGGGCUGAUUACCUAGUCGACAACGCAUUGUUCCAUGGUUUAGAGGUAACCGGAGACUGGUUCGUGGGAGACGCUGCUGGUCCUUCCGCUAAUAUGACAAAUGUCGCACUAAAGGGGUUGAUUGCUCUUCAGAGUAUGGUCGAGAUUCAGAGCUCAUUGAUAGAUAAAUCUAGCGAGUCUCCUAAAUACCUCAACGCAGCCAACUCAGGACUGAAGCAAUGGAUCCAGCAUAGUGAUUAUGGUACGAAAGUUGCAUACCAGUCCAACGCGAAGAAUUAUCUUCUCCGCGCUCUCUAUGCCGACAAACUUCUUGGGUUGAACUUUGUUCCUGAGAGUGUGUACCAGCGGCAAAGGGCCCAGUUCGCGUCCGAUCUGAAGCAAUAUGGAGUGCCCCUGACCGACCAGAACAACUUCACUACCAUUACCCACCAGUACUUUACCAUUGCGGCAUUGACCGCUAAUAACUCGAGCUUCCUCAGCAAUUCAGCCUUUAGAGCGAUCAAGAACUAUACCGGAUCAUUGAUUAACGCAGACCUAGCAGCUCUUGCUGAUACAUACGAUGCUGCAACUGGGGCUGCUGCAGCUGGAUCCGCUGCGCGUGGAAGUGUCGGUGGUUCUUUUACUGUUUUAGCUCUUAAAAAAGGGGAGGUCAAGCAGAUUCAUCCCAUUAUGGUACCUACUCCCAAUUCUACUAUAAAGACUCCAGUGGCUCUCAACUUCAUGGCUACGGUCGUAGCCUUUGUGUCUUUGGUCUUCUUGAUUUAA